AUGAGAACAUCCCUCUUUUACGCCCUCAACGGGGCCCUCGGGGUGGUCGCCCACGAGUCGCUUGCCCAUUUUAAGAUUGAAUCCGGUAAAGAAGAGCAUCGCUCUCUUGAAGGAUGCUCAAAGGAUGGCAAGCACAAAUGGGUUCCCGACCCUGCGACAUUUGUCUUUCCUGAGAACGACUACAAGCCCGGCAACUCCUGGGACCUCUGUGUCGGCACAUCUCAUUGCGCCCCCCACGAGGCCUUGACUCAGGUUUCCUUCGAUUUCAAGGACAACGGCAUCGUCUUCAACUUCAAGCAUAUCGACCACUACAAGUACGAAGAUGUAGCCGUCUACAUCGAGCGUGGUCAGCCUCCCACAGAGGACUCUUUCAAGUACAACAAGAAGAGCGACCACUGCAAGGCCAAGAACGACUACAAGGAGGCCAAGUGCUUGGUUCCCUUCUUCUCCCUUUCGGAUGGCGGCUCUUACGGCGACCUCUGUCCCCUCGAGGACAACGGAGGCUGGAGACUUUACAUCAAGGUCAAGGCCACCGUUUCCCACGGGAACAAGAAAUACGAGCUCUACAGCCGCUCUCCCGAUAUCAACGAGAAGUACUUCGUUGUCAGCUACACCUGCGCUGAGUGCAAGGAGUACAAGCACAAGAAGAUCGAGUUGAUUGAGGAGAAGGAAGAAGCAGAGGCCGAAGCCGAAGAAUCUGAAGAAGAAAAGGAGAACAAGAAGAAGAAGGAAGAGGCCGAGGAAGAGGCUGAGGAGGCAAAGAAGAAGUACAAGAAGAAGAAGGAGGAGGAGGAGGAGGCUGAGGAACAGGAACAGGAACAGGAAAAGAAGAAGAAAUACAAGAAGGAGGAAGAGGAGGAGGCUGAAACUGAAGAGGAAGAAGAGAAGCACAAGGAGCAUCACCAUGAGCAUUACCAUAAGCAUCACCAUAACCAUGGUCACAACCAUGCUCAUCGUCAUGGACACAGACACGGUCACCUCCACGGUCAUCUUCACAAGGAGCAUCACCAUCAUGAUCACCGCCAUAAGAACCAUCAUCAUGACCCUCAUCAUAAGCAUCAUGCCCGUUCUUAUGAUCAUCAUGACCACCAUAAGCACCACGAUCCUGGACAUUACCAUCAUGACCACCACGAGGGUCACAGGCAUCACGAUCCCGGUCAUCACCAUGGUCAUCACGGUCACCACGAUGGCCAUGAUCACUACAAGCUCCAUCACUACUAUGAUCCCAACAGCCACCGCGACUUCAAUGCUUUCUUGGACGACUACUUUAAGCACUUCGGUUAUCACUACCACCACGCUGAUCCCGGUCAUCACCAUGGGCAUCACGGUCAUCAUGACGGUCAUCAUCAUGGUCACCACGAUGGUCACCACCACCAUGAUCCUUACGAGCAUCUCUAUGGCGAGCAUCAUGAUGGAAACCACCAUUAUGAGCACCACGACGGAAAGCAUCACCACAAUGAGCAUCACAAGCAUCAUCAUGUUGAGCACCAUGAUGGAUAUAACCACCACCAUGCUCGCGGCUUGCUCGAGGAAGAUGGAGAGAAACACCAUGGACAUAAGCACCACCACGGACAUCAUCAUGGACAUAACCACAGCCACGCUCAUGACCAUGUUCACAAGCACCGUCACAAGCACUUUGACGACCAUGUCCACUACAAGGAGCAUCAUGUUUACUACGACUAUAAGGACGAUGGCCACCAUGGGUAUGAUCAUCACGAUCCUCAAAAGCACCAUUAUGGUCAUCAUGAUGGCCACCACGGUCACCAUGGUCACCACCACCAUGAUCCUCAUAAGCAUCACUACAGCCAUGAGUACGACUACGGCCACUACAAGCGAUCUGAGCACAAGGAUCCAGUUACCAUCUACUACAAGGAAAAGUCCGAUCACUCUCGCACUCACAUUGAUGCUUCCAAGAAGGAAAAGGCAUCCAAGAGUGAGCUCGAGGCCGAGAAGCACAAGAAGCUUUUGGAAGAGGCCAGUAAGAAGGACGAGUACAAGUACAAGCACAAGGGCGAUCCUAAGCACAAGUAUCACUCCGAAGAGGAUAAGUACAAGCAUGAGAAAGAGCACGGGCAUAAGUAUAAGUACGGACCCAAGUACGAGCAUGAGCAUGAGCAUGAGCACGAUAAGAGGUCUGCUUCCGAGCAUGGUGAUUACAAGUCCAAGGAGGAGGUCAAAGAGGUUUUGAAGGGACACUUCCAAGAGGCUCUCAACAAGUUCUACCACGCUUACUUCGCCAAGAAGGAGCACAAGCACUAUGAGCACGAGAAGCCUGAGGAGAAGUACGACUCUGGUCACUACAAGCACAAGGAGUACAAGCAUGAGGAACCUGAAAAGGAACACCACUCUGGUCACCAGGAGCACAAGGAGUACGAACCUAAGCACUACGAGCAUAAGGAGCACGGGCCUAAGGAAGAGCACAAGGAGCACCACUACAAGCACCCAAAGGAACAUGAGCAUGAGCACGAGCAUGAGCCCAAGAAGCAUCAUCAUGAUGAGAAUGAGGAACAUGAAGAACAUGAGGACAAGCCUGAAAAGAAGCAUCACUACGACCAUGAGCAGAAGGAGCAUGAGCACGAGCCCACCACCGAGUUCGAGAAGUCCUCUCACUAUUCUGCCAAGAAGGCGAGCUUGGAGAGUGAGAAGGAAAAGGCCAAACACGAGGCUUUGGAGAAGCUUUGGGAUGCCCGCAUCACUCAUGAGCGCAAGUUCAAAGAGAAGCUUUUCUUCCUUGAAGUCGGCCACUGGGGCAAGAAGGGUGCCCACAAGCGCUCUCUUGAGUCCAAGCCUAGCGAGGCUACUGAGAUUGACGUCAACAGUGCCAAGGUCGAAGAGUACAUUGAGGAAGCUGAGGACAAAAUCUUGGACAAAAUCGAGAAGGCCAUCCGAACAGCUAUCAAGAAGACCGGUGCGAACCCUAGCACUGAAACUAUCAUCGAGUUCCUCCAGAAGCUUGAGGAGGUCAUCGAGAAGGUAUUCGCAGAUAACUUCCACAAGAUCGUCCGCCGCAUCGUCAAGAUCAAAGGUGUUGCAAAGCCUGAUGAGGAUCUCAUUUAUGAUACCCUUACUAUUGCUAUCCAGGAUAUCGUCAAGGUUGCCGACAAGAUCUUCGUCAAGGCCCUCAAGGAUCUGGGCGAUAGCCCUUCAGAUGAGGAGGUCGAACACGCCAUCAAGACGGUUCUGAAGCUUCUCGAUGAGGUCAUCGACAAAGAAAUCCGCAAGGCCCUCAUAAUCAUCUUCAAGUUGGAGGAGGAGGAGACCGCUGAGACUACUGAAUCCACCGAGCAUGGUAAGCACGAUAAGCGCUCCGAUCCCUAUGACGACACCACGGUCGAGAAGGCUGUUGAGAAGACCGUUGAGAAAUGGGCUGCUAAGUACGUCGAGGAAGAUGAGAAGAAGCACAAGCCCCUGAAGCGCUCCGUGCGAUUCGCUCGACUCUACAACUGA